AUGAGCGACAGUCCGGAAGAGGACAGCGCCGAGGAGCAGGCUCCGAGGAGAGUAGCUGUGCGCAGAAUCCACGCCGAGGUUGGCGACGACCAUGACGAGCUGCGAGGAAGAGGCGGCGGUGGCGGUGGCCACGGCCGCGCCUCGAGCGACCGAUUCGACCGGCGAGAGGAGCCUCACGAAGAACCGGAAGUACCAGUGCCGCCCGUGGUCAAAAUGCCCGGCAAGCCCAAGAAGGAAACCCGCCGAAAGAACGCCGAGAUGGACGCCAUCACGAGUGACGUGGACGCAGCGGACAGGACGCCUGCUCUGCCCGAAGUGACCGCCAAGGCCGAUGCAGUGCCGCCGCCGGCUCCGUCCAGCGCUGACCGCGGCAAGCCCGGGCCCUCGGACUUCGACAGACCGCCUCCAUCAAAUGGGAAAAACGUGGCCACUCUACCGGCUGUGACUAUCGGUUCCGCUCCUCUGGUAUGCGUAACCGGUAGCCACGCGAGAAUACCGCUGCUACCCGUCGAUGGCGUUUGUGAUUUUGCCAUCUUCCGUGAUGUCAUCUUCGGCGACAACGAAUGGGUUUCUGCGAGCAGCCGCGGCAAGUUGGACACGUACCUUCAAGAGGCCGAGAAGUCUACGAGUACCACGUAUCUUCUCUCCUUUCCGGCAAAGAUGCGACGCGAGCUCGUGCCUUUCCUCUCAUCGGCGGCAGCCAUUGAGCUCAUUCGCAGUUACGCGUCACGUGGCAUCCGCGGAUACGGAUUUGCGCGCGCCGAGAUCGCUGCCGAGCAGUUGCACAACGUGACCGUCGAUUACAGCACGGUGCUUAAGCUGCUGAACAGUGCGAUGAAGUCUGCCGUGCCUACUUCUGGCGUGUCGUUCAUAGGGGUGUUGCUCAGGGCAAUCAAGACCUCCAAGGGAGCUAUGCUUCCUUUUCCGACUGAGAUUGCAAGGUGA